AUGGCGUCGGCCACCCUCAAGGGCUGCCCCGCGGCGGCGUUCCCCGGCCUGCUUUCCUCCUCCAGGUCCAAAUUCGCCGUCGCUCUCCCUCUUCCCGCCACCAACGCGGCGGCGUCCCGCUUCACCAUGUCUGCCGAGUGGAUGCCCGGCCAGCCCCGCCCCCCCUACCUCGACGGCUCCGCCCCCGGGUAAGAGAGAAACCCUCUCCUUCUCCCUCCCAUUCUCCUUGGUGUUCUUGUUCUCGUUCUCGUUCUCGCUGACGAUCCGUGCCGGAUUGAUGGCGCAGAGACUUCGGGUUCGACCCCCUGCGGCUGGGGGAGGUGCCGGAGAAUCUUGAGAGGUUCAAGGAGUCGGAGCUCAUCCACUGCAGAUGGGCCAUGCUUGCCGUGGUAAGUAGCUGCAACAUCAGCAGCUCAUUCACCGAAAAUGGGCCACCGUGCCGUGCCGAUUUCUGACGAUUUGCUGGGCCACUGUUCGUUCUUUCUUUCUGUCGUUGCAGCCGGGAAUUCUGGUGCCGGAGGCGCUGGGGCUGGGGAACUGGGUGAAGGCCCAGGAAUGGGCGGCGGUGCCCGGCGGGCAGGCCACCUACCUGGGCAACCCGGUGCCGUGGGGCACCCUCCCCACCAUCCUCGUCAUCGAGUUCAUCGCCAUCGCCUUUGUCGAGCACCAGCGCAGCAUGGAGAAGGACCCCGAGAAGAAGAAGUACCCCGGCGGCGCCUUCGACCCCCUCGGCUACUCCAAGGACCCCGCCAAGUUCCAAGAGUACAAGGUCAAGGAGAUCAAGAACGGUAAAUCACUCCCCUCACCCCCGUAAUUUCCUCCUUUCGAUCUCUCUCUGCUGGUGCUCACCGAAGCGAUUCGCACAACCAUCCGCAGGUCGCCUGGCUCUGCUGGCCUUCGUGGGCUUCUGCGUGCAGCAGUCGGCGUAUCCCGGCACGGGGCCGCUGGAGAACCUGGCGACCCACCUCGCCGACCCGUGGCACAACAACAUCGGCGACGUAAUCAUCCCCGUAUCUCUCUCGCCCUGA